GAUGCAAGUAAACAUGACAGCAACACGUGAUUACACACAUAUGUAUAUACUAAUAGUUAUAACGUUUAGGAGGAAUUUCACCGGUUCACUGGCUAUUACUGGGCACCAUCGGAUCCUGAUUCACCUGUAGAUAGAAUAGUGUACCUAGAAACCUCUGAACUAGAGGUCGAGCUGUUAAGGAUAUCAAAACCAGCCAUCUCAUUUUCUGGAUCAGAUACUCUGCUCAAUCACACAGAGUGCAUGCGAUACCCAUAUGCAGGAAAACCCAAUGCUACGAGUAAAAUAAGAAUUGUAGAAUUUAGCGAUACAGAAAUCAUACAUAGAAAGCUGUUGGAUCAUGAUGAACUUCAUAUUGCAUUUCCUUGGAUGGAAUAUAUCGUUAGAUUCGGUUGGAUACCAAAUGGUCAAAGUGUAUGGGCCCAGAUACUAUCGAGAGAUCAAAAGAGGACAGCGGUAGUGAAAUUAGCAUUAGAACAAUUCACUAGCCCAUCUUCAUCUCUACCAACAGAGAUACUUUGGGAAGAAACGAAUAGUGCCUGGAUUAAUGUGACAGACGCAUACUAUUUCAUGAAACAGACGGAUGCGACAGUAACAAGGCUGAUUUGGAGCUCUGAAAAGUCAAAUGGAUAUCGACACCUUUAUCUCGUAGAAAAACAUAUAGAUCAACCCGCAGUUAUCACUCAACUUACACAUGGUGAGUGGUGCUGUCUAGACAAGCCUAUUUAUGUGGAUGAAUCGCGUGGCCUUGUGUAUUUUUCUGCCAAGGCGGAUACCCCUUUGGAACCUCACUUUUAUGUUGUAUCGUACCUCAGACCACAGGACGGCAUCAGACGGCUGACUCAACCUGGAUUUAGUCACACAGUCACCAUGACUUGUCCAGACUAUUUUGUAGAUUGCUUUUCUAACCUUCGUCAUCCGCAUGUCUUUUAUGUGCAAAAGAUUGACCAUAGUUCAUUACUACCCUCACCAUCGAGUUGCAAAGGACUCAUCUUGCCUGUCUGUCGUAUCACUCCUCAUCAGAACUGCUCUCCGUGUAUAGCCGAUACCAUCUUUCUUCACACAAAUUCAUCAGGAGCUGAAAAUAUUAAACACUACCAGGAAGCGACGCUAAUAUUUGAAAGCGUCUUAUCAAAUGGACACUUGUUUAGCUUCACAACGUCAGAUGGCGUCGUUUUGUACGGAUGUCUAUAUAGACCACGAUCUUAUCAACCUGGAUACAGUUACCCUACCAUCCUUCACAUCUACGGUGGGCCUAAAUCACAAAUGGUAGUCAACGAAUUCAGGCUCCCGAGACUCAUGCGAUAUUUGAUGUCCGUCUAUUUUGGAUUUGCAGUUGUCAUCAUCGAUGGCCGUGGAUCUAGCGACAGAGGUCUUCAUUUUGAAUCACAUAUCCAGUAUCGACUUGGUACAGUCGAACUCAAGGAUCAGAUCGAAGGAUUACAGUUCUUGUACAAUACUAAGUUUGGAGCUGGCGUGACAAAGGAUGGAAGAAAAGUAAGCGUUGUCGAUUUGAACAAGGUGGCUAUCACUGGAUGGUCAUAUGGGGGAUACCUUAGUCUUAUGGCAUUAGGACAAUAUCCUGAUUUAUUUAAAAUAGCAAUUGCUGGUGCGCCUGUUACACAGUGGGAACUCUAUGAUGCUGCUUAUACGGAACGGUAUAUGGGGCUACCGUCUGAAAACAGAAAGGCUUAUGCAAAAAGCUCUGUGUUACAGUAUGUACGAGAUUUUCCAGACAGUGGCAAUAGGCUAUUGAUUGCACAUGGUUUGAUUGAUGAAAAUGUGCAUUUUAAGAAUACUGAGGCACUCGUAACAGAAUUAGUUAAACAUAACAAACACCAUUAUCUUCAAGUAUAUCCAAAUGAAAAACACGGUCUUCGGCAUGCUAGUGUCAAUGAGCAUUUCGAGACCCUUAUGUUUUACUGGCUGACCAACUAUUUGUAAAUAAAUAAGCCUUGUCAGAAAA